AUGGUUGUUUUACUUUUAUUUAAUGAAUUUGACAAUAUGACAGUUGAACAAAUAUUAGAUAAAACUGAUAUGAACUAUGAAUCAUUCGAACAAGUUCUUCUCAGUUUAUUAAAAAGUGAAACAUUAAAAUGUGCAGGAAUCAAUGGAAAUACAUUAAAUGAAAAUUUAAAUCAAAGUGGAAUUACAGAAAAUUCUGUGAUUGAAAUUAAUCAAACAUUUCACAGUAAUAAAAUUAUGAUUAAUUUGAUUAAAACUACAGAACCAUCCGCUUGGAAUUCAAUUGAUUCUGAAACUAUAUAUAUACAUCAACAGAUGAGGAUCACAAAUUGGUUAUUCAAGUAA